AUGGAUGUCAAAAAGGAGGAUCCAGAGAAAAUUUCUCAGUCAAGCACAUCUGUGCAAGAUGAUUCUUUUCAAUGGGACAAGUACUUGGAAGAGACAGGAUCUAUAAGUGCUCCUUCAGAGUACUUCAGACAGUCUAAGAUUCCACCAACUAAUGACUUCAAAGUCGGCAUGAAAUUGGAAGCACAUGAUCCUCGCAAUAUGACUUCAGUAUGUAUUGCUACAGUUAUUGGAAUUACUGGGGCCAGACUGCGUUUACGGCUGGAUGGUAGUGACAACAGAAAUGAUUUUUGGAGACUUGUUGAUUCCCCGGAUAUACAGCCUGUUGGGACAUGUGAAAAGGAAGGAGACUUACUUCAACCUCCACUGGGGUUCCAGAUGAAUGCAUCAUCUUGGCCAAUGUUUCUUUUACGAACACUGAAUGGAUCUGAAAUGGCACCUGCAGCGUUCUUCAAGCAGGAACCACCAAGGCCACCCCUAAACAAUUUUAAAGUGGGGAUGAAACUGGAAGCUGUAGACAAAAAGAAUCCUUAUCUGAUCUGCCCUGCAACUAUUGGAAAUGUUAGAGGAGAUGAAGUUCAUAUUACAUUUGAUGGCUGGAGUGGAGCUUUUGAUUAUUGGUGCAAAUAUUAUUCUCGAGAUAUUUUCCCAGUUGGGUGGUGCCGCCUGACAGGAGAUAUAUUACAACCACCAGGAACUAAUGUUUCUGCUACAAAGAAUACAGGAAAAACUCAGUCUUCUUCCAAAGCGACCCAGCGUUCAAUGCAGUCUUCAUCGAAAACUGCUCUACCAUCACCAGCACAGCUGCCCAGGAGGUCAGGUCGAAUUAAAGCAUCUGGAAGUACUUCUGUCACCCAAAAGGGCAGUUCUCUUAAAAAUGUCACACCAAAGAAAAAAGGUGUAACCUCAGCGAAAAAGGAGAAAUUUAUUCCUGUGAUGUGUUCUACAUCUGCAACUUCUAUAGCUUCUCUGGCCAGAGAGCGUGGCUAUUCAUCUGAAAGGGAUGCUUCUGUUGGGUCAUCAAAAAUAGUGAUGUCUACAGUCUGUGUCUAUAUAAACAAACAUGGAAACUGUGGCCCUUACUUGGAUCCAAGGAAAAUCCAAGUACUUCCUGACCACUUUGGCCCAGGCCCAGUGAAUGUGGUUCUCCGUCGGAUCGUGCAGGCCCUUGUGGAUUGUGCCUUUCAGUCUAAGAUUGUUUUUGGAUUCCUUAAGCCAGAUAAUCGUGGAGGAGAAGUGAUAACUGCCUCUUUUGAUGGGGAAACUCAUUCCGUUCAGCUCCCUCCAGUGAAUAGUGCGUCAUUUGCUCUUCGCUUUCUUGAGACCCUCUGCCACAGCAUGGAGUGUGUUAACCUUUUGAGCAGCAAGCCUUUUAGCUCUUAUAAGCGUCCUUCUACUUCUGCUUCUACCCCUGCGGAGCAAGAGGUUAAACAAGCAGCAAAAGAGGGUACAUUAGAAAAGAAAAGCAUGAAACGAUCUGCUGAAGAACCUCUGUCUUCUGUGGUUCCUCUUUCUCCUAAGGUUCCCAAACCACUGAUGGAUACAUUUAAAGAAGAAGAAAUACAUCCUGAGGGAGAUGGCAUGCCAAAAGAGGAAAAGCUUUCUGAAGAUUCUGAUAAAUUGUCAACACACUCAGAAAGUGCCUUGCGUCUUGCCCGUGGAAGUAUUAUGCAUGCUACUACUUCAGUCUCCAGAGAUAAUUCUGAAAAUAUGACAGUCACUUCAGGUUCACCACUAGUGGGGAGCGCAUCAUUCACCACAUUCCAAAUGCCAAAGAAAAACGAAGAUCCAAGUUAUAUAGGUGUACCUGACCCCAGUGCCCUGAAACAAGAAGUCUCUAAGGACCCUUCAACCUGGUCUGUGGAUGAAGUGAUACUGUUUAUGAAACAUACAGAUCCUCAAAUAGCAGGCCCACUCGCUGACCUCUUCAGGCAACAUGAAAUUGAUGGGAAGGCUCUGCUACUACUCAAGAGUGAUAUGAUAAUGAAGUAUAUGGGGCUGAAGCUGGGGCCAGCAUUGAAGUUAUGUUACUACAUUGAAAAACUUAAAGAAGGAAAAUAUAAUUGA